AUGGGUUCUUUAUUUGGUAAACCUAAAAAACCCGUGAGUAGAGUUACAGAACAAGAUAAGGCUGUUCUUCAAUUAAAGCAACAGAGAGACAAGUUAAAGCAGUACCAAAAGAAAAUAGAAUUAAACCUUGAAAAAGACAGACAAUUAGCAAAGAAACUUUUAACUGAAGGAAAACGUGAUAGAGCAAAACUGCUCCUGAAAAAGAAAAAGUAUCAAGAAAAUCUUCUACAAAACACUGAUAAUCAACUUGAGCAACUAGAACAGCUGACCCAUGACCUUGAAUUUGCGCAAAUUGAAAUUCAGGUUCUGGAUGGAUUGAAAACUGGAAAUGUAGCUUUGAAAAAGGUUCAUGAUGUAUUGAAUAUUGAUGAAAUUGAAAAAAUCUUGGAUGAGACUAAAGAAGGUAUAGAUAAGCAAAGGGAAAUAGAUGAUUUAAUCUCUGGUCAGCUAACAGAAGAAGACGAAGAGGCUGUUGAAGCUGAACUUGAAGCUAUUCUAGAUGUUAAGGAUCAGCUACCAGAAGUGCCCAAUGACAAUCUCCCUGAGACUACAGACGAAGAAAGAGUUCGUGAGAAAAAGAAAGUUAAACAAAGUCCAAACAAAAUUGCUCUACAAGCUUAA